AAAAUUCCCAACGGAUCCUUAAUAGUAGUAUAGAUUAACUGUAAAGCCGGUACGGCUUGACAAAGCUCUGGUUUUCGAUUCCAGUGAGCAAAUUUAUGACUGUGGGGGAGACUGGAGUGGGAAGGUCCAUGGAGGGAUUUUCAAGCGGGCAGCAUGGUCAAUCUGGGGAAGCAUUGGCGGAAAGUGGAACCCCAUCGACAUCACCACUUGACUGGGAAACUGAUGAUGAUAAUGAAGAAGGGCCAAAACCUUCUGAGUUGUAUGGAAAAUAUAUGUGGAGGGUGGAGAAAUUUUCAGAGUUAAAAAAAAGAGAAAUUUGUAGUAAUCAAUUUGAGGUUGGCGGCCACAAAUGGUACAUUUUAAUUUAUCCCCAAGGAUGUGAUGUCUGCCAUCAUCUCUCUUUGUUUCUGUGUGUUGCUAAUCAUGAAAAACUACUUCCAGGCUGGAGCCAUCUGGCACAGUUCACUAUAGCAGUUGUGAAUAAAGAUCCAAUGAAAUAUACAUUGCAUCAAUUCCAGAAGAACAAGCAUGACUGGGGGUGGAAAAAAAUCAUGAAUCUGACAAAUAUGCCAGAUGGGUUUAUUGAUGCUGACACUCUUAUAAUAAAGGCACAAGUUCAAGUCAUCAGGGAGAGAGCAGAAAGGCCUUUUCGUUGCCUUGUGUCAGUUAGGAGAGAACUUGUUCCAGUAUAUCUAACAAAUGUGGAACGGAAUUACCGGAGAUUUUUGGAAGAAAAAAGAAGCAAGCUUGGGAAGUUGAUAUACGAUAAAGCAAGGUGGUCAAGUUUCCGUACCUUCUGGUUGGGAAUUGACCAAAAUGCUAGGCAUCAAAUGUCCAGGGAGAAGAUAGAUGUGAUUCUAAAAGCAGUUGUGAAGCACUUCUUUAUAGAGAAGGAAAUCACAUCUACUUUGGUAAUGGAUUCCUUCUAUAGUGGAUUAAAGCUUAAAGACCAUAUGAUGUAUAAGAAAGGGAGGCUGAAAUUGUUGGAGGCUGAAGUAAUGCCAGCCCCCAUGGUUCGUGUGGACAAAGACAUGUUUGUGUUAGUUGAUGAUGUCUUAUUGUUACUUGAGAGGGCUGCCAUGGAUCUGUUGCCUCCAAAAGAUGAAAAGGGUCCACAGAAUCGUACAAAGGAUGGAAACGCUGGAGAGGACUUCAACAAAGAUUCUUUUCAGUGUGAUGAAAGGCGUCUUACAGAAUUGGGCCACAGAACCGUGGAGACAUUUGUCCUUGCCCAUAUUUUCAGCAAUAAAAUUGAGGUUGCCUAUGACGAAGCUGUUGCAUUGAAGAAGCAGGAGGAGCUCAUCCGUGAAGAAGAGGAAUCUUGGCUUGCUGAAAGUGAGCAGAAGGCAAAACGUGGAGCAGCUGGGAUGGAAAAGAAAUCAGAGAAAACAAGAUCGGUUGCAGAUAUGCUUUUAGGUUGGUGGAGUUGGUUUGGAAAGCAUUCUUCUGGCGUUUGGAAUCUAGCUCCGUUGUGCCUAAUGUGGUGUAUUUGGAGGGAGCGUAAUUGGCGUACUUUUGAGGAUAGGGACAAGUCUGAUGACCAGCUGCUCGCUUACUUUAGUGGCUCUCUUUUUGAUUGGUCUAGGGCUUGGGGACUCACCUCUAGUGAUUCUAUCCCUAUGUUCCUUAGUUCUCUUCUCUGUAAUUAAUUUGCUUGUUGAUGUCUCCGUUUGUUUUCUUUUUUCUUCUUCUCCUUUUUUUGUUUGUUUCCUUCUUUGUAUUCUCUGUUUUGCCUUGUGUUUUCAUGAGGUAGCUUUUAAUAUAUUUAUUUCUUACUUAUCAAAAAAAAAUAAUGUUUAAAAAAUUAACAAAAUGUAAGUGCUUAAUUAUGUGGGGAAUACGCUUUAACCA